UUUUGACGUUUUGACUUAUUUUCUUUGGCGUGUGUUUUUGUGAAUUUUCUCUCUGCAAUUAUUUGGUAAUUUCCGUGUGAAAAAGAUGCCUCCGACCAUCCAGAAUGGUGCCAGUGGAUCCGAUAAACGUCCCCAGAGGCAACAGGAGAAGAAAUCCGAAUUGAUUUGUCGUGUGAAGUAUUCAAACACCCUCCCGGAUAUUCCGUUUGAUCUCAAGUUCAUCACGUACCCCUUUGAGAAUGAUCGCUUCAUCCAGUACAAUCCAACAUCCCUGGAGAGGAACUACAAAUACGAUGUACUGACGGAACACGAUCUGGGCGUGACGAUUGAUUUGAUAAAUCGCGAUCUCUACCAACCAGAUCCCUUUGGUCAGCUCGAUCCGGCUGAUGAGAAAUUGCUCGAGGAAGAUGUUCACACACCGCAGGAUUCAAUGCGUUCGCGGCAGCACGCAAAGAGUGUAUCGUGGCUGCGUAAAUCUGAGUAUAUCUCAACAGAACAGACGCGUUUCCAGCCGCAGAAUAUGGAGAAGGUGGAAGCAAAGGUGGGGUACAAUGUGAAGAAGAGCUUGCGCGAGGAGACCCUCCAGAUGGAUCGCGAUACCCAAAUAAAGGCCAUCCAGAAGACCUUCCAGGACUCCAAGGUGCCCCUCACGAAGCACUACAGCAAACCCAAUGUCACAGCUGUGGAGGUUUUCCCACUCUUCCCGGACUUCAAGAACUGGAAGUACCCCUGUGCUCAGGUUAUCUUCGACUCAGAUCCCGCACCUGUGGGUAAGAAUGUCCCAGCACAGAUUGAAGAGAUGUCUCAGGCUAUGAUUCGUGGUGUGAUGGAUGAGAGUGGCGAACAAUUCGUCGCGUACUUCCUGCCCACGGAAUCGACGCUGGAGAAGAGACGUCGGGACUUUGCCAAUGAGGUUCUGUACGAGGAUGAGGAGGAAUAUGAGUACAAGAUGGCCAGGGAGUACAAUUGGAAUGUCAAGAGUAAGGCAUCCAAAGGGUACGAGGAGAACUAUUACUUUAUCGUUCGAUCCGAUGGGGUUUACUACAAUGAGCUGGAGACACGUGUGAGGCUGAACAAGAGACGACAGAAGAUCGGCCAGGCACCCAAUAAUACGAAGCUCGUGGUUAAGCAUCGUCCACUGAAUGCUGCAGAGCACAGGAUGCAGCGCUACCGUGAACGUCAGCUGGAGGCCCAUGGAGAGGAGGAUGAAGAAGAAAUGGAAGAGCCAAUGGCUGAUGAGGAAGAGGAGGAGCCAAAGGCACCAGAGACGUCGCAGAGAAAGUCUCGUUCACGCUCCAAAUCCACAGAUAGUCGUGGGAAGAGAAGUGGAAGCGACAACAGCAGCCCCGGACGUCGUUCCGGAAGUGAGAAGUCCGGCUCAAGAGCCUCAUCGAAGGGUUCUGCUUCCUCACGCAGUCGCAGUGCCAGCAAAUCCCGCAGCCGCAGCAGGAGUGGCACACGAUCCCGAUCAAGUGGCUCCGAAAGUGGUCAUCAGAGUGAUCACUCGAAAGCCUCUUCCGCACGACGCUCUCGCUCCAAGAGCGCCUCCCGCUCACGCAGUGGCUCAAGAUCUCGCAGCGGCAGCCGCAGUGCAUCCGGAGAGCGACAAUCACGCUCCAGGACACGCUCUAAAACCCCCUCUAGGUCCAGGAGUGCCUCUUCGCGCUCCAGAUCACGUUCAGCGAGUGGAAGUCGCUCUGGAACACCCGGAAGUCAUAGAUCUGGAAGUGAGAAGAAGUCUGGCUCUGAGAGAGGAUCGGGAAGUGAAUCUGAGUAGUGAGAAAGCAGCCCUCUUAUCAUGUAUUACAUUGCUAAAGUUCUAAAACCUCUAAAAUAUUGAAAUAAAUUCCAAACAAAAAUCCUGAAA